AUGGCCACUGCCAGCGACUGUACGGAGGUUACCCUUCUUGUGCCUUUGCGCCCUCCGUACCAAUGCCUACCAUGCAUGCCGUGCUACCGGGACUACGUCGACCACGGCGGCCUUGCCCGGCACCUCCGCCGCGGCCAUAGAGGCAAACUGAGCUUCGAAUGCCGUGCCUGCGGCAAACGCUCCGACAAGCUCAAAGAAAUUAAACUUCACCAAUCUAAGUCUGCUAGCUGUUCCAGCCAGAUACCGGCCAUCUCUCCCAACAGCACCAGGGACCCAAAACAACGACAGCGUCUGCCCGCCGAUCCUACCAGGCCACGACCUCGCCGAUCAACACGCAGACAGACUGCGGCCUGCCCAGCCCCCCAGGACAGCGACCGUAGUCCACCUCUGUCACCAUCCAACGACCGAGCUGCCAGCUGUACUCCCGGCCAGCCCAGCCCUCAGUCUCGCCUCGACGACACGUCUGUCACCCCCUGUGACACCAGUAGCUGCGCCACGCCACCUCUCAUCAGGCGCCCUCGUCGCCAUCGCCGACGCUCCACACACGGUCCCACCGUUGUUGCAGACUCUAGCACGCCCACCCGUGCUGACCCACCUGCCAGCACCAACAUCGUUGCCGACGUCAUACCUGAAGAAGAGCCAGCUACCUACCCGCCGGCACCCGUCGACACCUGCUGCCAGCCUGCCCAGUCUGCCACCUCUCAGCCCACCAGCGAGACCACCCCUCCUGACGCCAACCAGCUCACCGCCAGUGCCACCACCGAGCCACCACAAUGGGUCACCGCCUGGUGUGAACGGUUCAACUGUGCCUUAGACGAGGACAUGCUUGAGGUCAUGGUUGGCGACCUCACCCACCUGGCCCAAUCCAUGUCCCCCCAGCAGAGAACUCGGACCAACUACCACCAACGCCAACCUCGUCAACCCACUGCACAGCGCAGCAACUACAAUAGGCCCCGCAGAUACAACGCUGCGGAAGCAAGUAGAAUGCAGCGCCUCUAUCGUGCAAACAAAAGAAAGGCGUUUGAAGAAAUCACCAGAGGCACCGGAAGAUAUUGCCAAAUCGGUAAGUCCGCCCUUACUGACCACUUUAAUACCGUUAAUAGCAACUCCUCCACGUGCCCGGGAAUCUCCAGUGACCAACUGCCACCACCCCUACAACCUACGAGCGACGACCCCCUCAACAGCACCUUCACCCCCGUUGAGGUCUCGACCAGACUUUCCAAGUGUCACAACACUGCACCAGGCCCUGACGGCGUCCGCUAUUACACCUGGAGACGUCUCGACCCCCAGGGCCACAUCCUCGCAGCGCUGUUCAACACGGUCCACCGCAUCGGAGCAACCCCUGCCGCCUGGAGAACCUCGACCACGAUCCUCCUGCACAAGAAAGGGGCCCAGGAUGACAUCCGAAACUGGCGACCAAUUGCACUCGCCAACACUCUUGGAAAGAUCUACGCCGCUUGCAUCGCCAAUCGCCUCCUGCGCUGGUGUGAGGAGAACAACACCAUCUCCACAGCGCAGAAAGGCUUUAUGCGUUUCGAGGGCUGUUCGGAGCACACUUUUGUGCUCCAAUCCAUCAUACAAGACGCCCGACGCAAGAAUAGAGAGUGCCACGUGGCGUGGCUGGACCUGACCAAUGCCUUUGGCUCGGUCCCACACGCCACCAUCUUCGCCUGCCUAAAGUGGUGUGGCCUCGGUCAACAGUCCAUCCACCGCAUCGAGCAACUUCUCACCGGCUGCCACACCCGCAUCCGCUCCUGCUCAGGGCUUACGGACCCCAUCCCCAUCCUUGCCGGGGUCAAACAGGGCUGCCCCCUCAGCCCGAUUCUCUUCAACAUCGUAGUGGAGCCAGCCCUUCGCCUCUUAUCCAAUCUACAGGUAGGGUACUCUCUUCACGGCCAUUCCAUCUCAGCGUUGGCCUACGCUGACGACAUCACCGUCGCUAGCGCCACACGCUCAGGACUACAGUCACAGCUGGACCUUCUCUCAUCUUGGGCCCGCAACAGUGGCCUCUCUUUCAACGCUGCCAAAUGUGCAACACUUUCAGUGGCAGACAAAUACCACUGUUCCAACAGCUCCUCCGGCUUCAAAAUCCAAGAGGCCCGCAUCCCCCAACUUAAAAAGGAGGACCACUACCUACAUCUCGGUAUACCAACCGGUUUCACCAUAGGGACAACUGCCGAAACCGUGAUUGAUGGUAUCCACAAAGAUCUCCGCUCCGUCGACACCUCCUGCCUGGCCCCGUGGCAGAAGAUUGACUGUGUCAACACCUUCCUUCUGCCACGACUCACAUUCCAUCUAACCCUGGGCAACACCCCGAAAAGGAGACUCAACGACUUAGACAAAACAAUCAAGCGCUGCAUCAAACGGUGGAUGCACCUACCCCAGCGAGCCUCACCCGAAUUAGUCUACAUGCCCAACUGCCAAGGCGGCGCCAACGUCACACCAUGCGGCAUCCUCGCCGACGUUGCACAGGUGAGUCACGCAACUAACCUCUUUCUAUCUAGGGACUCUACCAUCUCCAGCCUCGCCACCAAGACACUUGAGCUAGUCGUCGAGAAGCGUAUAAGGCGUAAACCCACUGGCCAAGACCUUUGCACGUACCUCUCCGGGUCCAUGGAGAACGAGUUUGGCAGCGACCCGUACGACAUCCCCUCCCUCUGGACCCGCCUGAGGAUGGCCACACGCCGUCUACGGAAUCGGAUCAACCUUAACUGGCACCCAAAUGAAGACGGCACCAUCAUUCCUUCCAUCGACGGUGAGCUUGUUAAAAAACCCACCGCUGUCAACACCAUCUCAACAGCCGUUAAGACCACCUUCCUCAGCUCCUUACUUCGUAAGCCUGACCAAGGCAAGGUCUUCAAGCUCACCGCCACUAAUAAAAACAGCAACCACUUCUUGCACGAUGGUAACUACAUCAGAUUCGCUGACUGGCGUUUCAUCCAUCGUGCAAGACUUAGCGUCGUACCUCUCCGCGGCCUCCGCCGCUUUGGAAACGCAAGUCAGCAGUGCCGCAGAUGCCAGCGCCAUCGAGAAACGCUCGCCCACGUAAUCAACCAUUGCCCGCCUAACCUCAGCCAGAUUACAAAGAGGCAUAAUGCAAUUCUCGACCGACUGAUCAACGCCAUAGACCGUAAAAACCUCAGGAUCUUCACAAACCAACAGAUCCCGGACUUCCAUAGUGCAUGCCGGCCAGAUCUUGUGGUAUUAAACAACAGCCCGAAGACUGCAACAAUCAUCGAUAUAGCCACACCGUUCGAAAACGGCGAGGAUGCCUUCAACCGGGCCAGAGAGGAGAAGGUUCGCAAAUACGAAGACCUUGCUACACACUAUCGUCGCCAGGGUUAUGAUACCUACAUAGAUGCCUUCAUUGUCGGCGCCUUGGGGGGCUACGACGCCGCCAACGAAGGUGUCAUCCAGCGCCUAGGCAUCUCUAGGAACUACGCCAAACUGAUGAGGCGCUUAAUGGUAAGCGACUGUAUCAAGGCCAGCAGGGACAUCUAUACCAGCCACCUCGGCCCUCGAUACCAGAACUAACUCCCUUGGUGCACACCCAGGACUUCGCCCAA